CACUUUACAAAAUGGCGGACGGGUACAGCUGAAGUUUCGAAGACGGUGCAAAUAGGAAAUUUGUUUGUGUAUCAGCUGAUCUGUGAUACUUUCAGUGCUAAAAUGACGAAUAUAAGAAUGGUUCCUUAUUUAUCAGCUGGUUCAGAAUUUUGAUUUAGAAUAUGUUGGGUUUAAAGACCAACAAAGUUCAAUCUAUCAGCUCUGUGAGUUUAGCUGGACUUCCCAAAGAUGUGCGGAUCCCUACUAGUGGCAAUCACCGCCGUACAUCAAAAGGAUCAUUGUCUGGUUCACUGGCAGGAUUUGAACAAUUGGAGAAAAGCAAGAAGUCAUGGAUUGCUGGACAUUUUCGAGGUCGGGAGUGCAUCAAAAUUGUGAAAGAUGCAAAGAAGACUCGCUCAGAAGAGAAUCCAAUGUGUAUGUGUGGUAGAACUAAGAAUCAACAUGAUUUAAAUGUGGCCAGAGAGGACACAGGCGAUCAAUGGACCCCAGAAAGGUGCACACGGCAGAUGCAAACUGAUGCAUAUGGGGAGAUUGACUUCCUUGGUACAGGCAGUCAGAAUAAACGCUCUCCAGUGUCACACGACACUGAUGUUCAGCUCAUCCUAAAGUUGAUGCUUGAAAGAUGGAAUCUUGAAAUUCCUAAUCUGGUUAUUUCUGUGACGGGGGGUGCCAAGAGUUUUGUUCUCAAACCCAGAUUAAAAGAGGUGUUCAGAAGAGGUCUGAUUAAAGCAGCUAAGUCGACGAGUGCCUGGAUUAUAACAGGUGGAACCAAUGCUGGUGUUAUGAAGCAUGUAGGUGAAGCCGUGAGAGAACAAGAAAUCACAUUUGGUAGUGAGGAUAAAGUUAAUGUUAUUGGAAUCGCUACUUGGGGCAUUGUGGACAGAAAGGAUUCUUUAAAAGCGUCUAAGGACACAAAUGGUCUGUAUCCGGCCCACUACCGCAUGGAACAGGUCCCAGGCUCCAGUGGGGCUUUGCUGGAUUCAAAUCAUUCGCACUUCCUGUUGGUGGAUAACGGAACAGAAGGAAAGUACGGUGUGGAGAUUAACCUGCGCUCAAGAUUUGAGGAAGCUGUAAUGAAGGUCAAAACUGACUCUAGAUCUGCUGCAGGUGCCAUUGGUGUUCCUGUGGUCCUAUUGGUUUUGGAGGGUGGACCAAACACUGUUCGUACCAUGUGUGAAUUAAUCAAAAAGAAAAUCCCAGCUGUUGUAAUUGAUGGAAGUGGUCGUGCAGCAGAUGUGGUGGCUUAUGCCUACAGUCACACCACUAAAAGUGACGGGAAAUUUAUCGUCGAUCCUCAGUAUGAAGGGAAAAUACGAGCUAAGGUGGCGGACGUGUUUCAAUUUAGGAAGGAACAAGAAGUCGACGAACAUUACAAGAUGAUCGAAGAAGUACUUGAAGACGAUAAGAUGAUCUCUAUUUACCGAAUGGAUGACGAGACCAAUAUAUCUCAAGACAUUGAUCUUGCAAUUCUAAAAGCCCUCCUAAAAGCCAACAGUUCCGCUCCUUUGAUGCAGUUAAAUUUGGCACUGGCCUGGAACCGGAUUGACGUCGCUAAAAGUGAGAUCUUCACUGAUGACAAACUUUGGACGACGGAGGCACUGACUAAUCCUAUGUUGGCAGCUUUGCUCGACGAUAAGCCAGGAUUUGUUGAACUAUUCCUACAGAAUGGUCUCAGUAUGAGAGAAUUUCUUACACCGCAGAUAUUAUGUCAGUUGUAUGCUGGGGUCCCAAGUAACAGCGUCAUAAAGCCUCUGGUACAAAAAGAAAUGAAUAAAAAGAAUAUUACAGCCUUAAACCUGAGGGUUAUUGGUGAAGUGAUAGAAGAAUUAAUGGGCGAUUCAUAUCAUAGCCUUUAUCUUCGGGAUCCACGUUAUAUGACCUCACUUCCUGAGGAAAGGGGCAAAAGUCGAAAAAUCACCCAGCCAGUUAUUGUAUGCAAUCCCCUUCACAGAAUCGACCCUCUAAAGACACCGUAUCGUGACGUAUUUAUCUGGGCAGUGCUUAGUAACCGGAAAGAGAUGGCCAAGCUCAUGUGGAGCAUGGGCCGAGAACAGAUCGCAACCGCGCUCAUGGCAACGCGUCUUCUUAAAUCCAUGGCGGGAAAGGCGCGUGCUGAUGAUACCAUCACUGACAUCAGCCCAGAGCUGCUGGAGGUUGCGAACGAUUUUGAACAACACGCAAUCGGCGUACUUCAAGAAUGUUACGAAGAGAAUGAAACUCUCUCCCAGACACUGCUCGUUAAAGAACUGGAUAAUUUCGGUAACCUGACAGCACUUGAUCUGGCUGUCAUGGCUGAAGAUCAGAAUUUCAUUGCACAUACAAGCUGCCAAGUGCUACUCACCAGACUCUGGAUGGGAGCGAUGGCCAUGAACACUAAAUGGUGGAAGAGCUUCAAGAAGAUCAUUCUAUGGAGCAUAUGAUGCGAUCCACAGACAUGACUUUUUAUGAUAGAAUCACAUCCUUUUACUCAGCGCCGUUCACUAAGUUUAUGGGAAAUUUGGUGUCUUACAUAGCAUUCAUCUUGCUUUAUGGUUACGUAAUCACGAUGUACUUCCCGAAAUUUGACUCGUCCAAGACUCUCGGCGGAUUAAGUGUGGUGGAAUUUGUUCUUUACUUCUGGAUCCUCACUAUCAUAAUGGAAGAAAUUAGACAGCUGGCGGCUCAACAACCGAAGACCCUUGGUGACAAACUUAGUGUUUACUUCAGUGACACGUGGAAUCUCGUGGACACAUUUGCACUCCUGGCUUUUGUGGUUGCAGCAUGUCUGCGCUUUUUUGAUUCAACCUAUGAAGCUGCCCGGAUCAUAUUUUCACUGAAUAUAAUAGUGUUUAUCGUGCGUUCCCUUCAGAUCGUUUCUGUCAACAGACAGCUCGGUCCCAAACUUGUCAUGAUUAGAAAAAUGCUUGAGGAUCUGAAGCAGUUUGUAAUCAUUUUGGCCAUAUUUAUUAUCGCUUAUGGAAUCGCACUGCAAGCGGUGUCAUUCCCAGGCCCCGGACAGUUCGCCAAGACCUGGGAUCAGGUGAUCCGUGGAAUACUGGACCUACCUUACUGGCAGAUGUACGGAGAACUCUUUCUCGAAGAAAUUUCAGGUCAAAAGCCCUCAGAGUAUUUUGAGGUUCAUCCUACUGCUAAAUGGCUGUCGCCAGCGCUCUUAGCUGGCUACAUGUUGUUUACAAAUGUUCUUUUACUUAAUCUUCUCAUCGCCAUUUUCAGUUACACUUUCGAGAGAGUGCAAGAAGACUCGGACAAGGUAUGGAAGUUCCAGCGAUAUGAACUGAUCGCUGAAUAUCACGGAAGACCGCUGUUCUUUCCUCCUUUGAUCUUCAUCUCUCACGUCCUGAUCUCCAUCCGAUGGAUAUGGCGGCUAUGCCGCUGUGGAAAUCCUCCCUCGGUCAGCUCUAUGAAAAUUAAAUUGACUGAUUACGAGAAGGAGCAACUUGAGAACUGGGAGUUUCAGGGAGCAGAGUACUUCCUUCACACGAAACGAACAGAGGAGAAGAACACAUUAGAAAAAAGAGUCUGUACCCUCGGAGACAGGGUAAACGACGCCACUGUUAAGCUUGACCGUAUAAUGGAAUGUGUCAUGGACACUAGUGCCGUGGACUCAGAGAGCGCCCCCGGAGUAGCUCAGCCGAAUAUAGAUUUUAGACCGCCGACGCGUGACACUGGUGCUUUGGAGCGGAGACUGGCGCGAAUGGAGGACAACGUGACAUCGAUAUUAAAAACGAUGAAGACGUUGGUGGAUUUAGCUCAUAGUCAAAAGGUUCAAACUUCCUCCAUGCCGUCGUCAGAAACUGCGCCCGCCAACAUUCUUGAUCUUCGUCCAGUAGCUCCAGCGUUCAUCCACCACAAGGCACGCGCAACGCCCUACCCGCAAUCCACUGUGAAGAGAUUUCAGGUUCCGGAUGAUAACGUGCCGUGGGAAGUGGACUUACCAGAUUACAGUCCCGUAAAUUAUACCGCCCCUAUUGUUCUGAAGAAACCUCCAUGGGCUGACUACGACUUAAUGAGCAUGCAUCCUUCAGCUCGUCCAGCGCUGGCCUACAACAGGCUCGACGAUGAAUAUAAAGUAAACCGUGCUAGUCAUAUGGGACCGUACCGAGUGAAAGACGGACUACCGCUUAAUCCUAUGGGCCGCACGGGCGUCGUAGGAAGAGGACUCCUGGGACGAUUCGGUCCCAACCACGCCGCUGAUCCCAUUGUUACACGGUGGAAGAGAACCAGCGGCGGUGUUAUGUUAGACGGAGGGAAAAAAGUUCUUGAGUUUGUUGCUAUUCAAAGAAGGGACAAUAGUCAGUGGGCCAUACCAGGGGGUAUGGUCGAACCGGGGCAAGUUGUAACUCAGGUUCUUAAGGCGGAGUUUGGAGAAGAGGCAAUGGCAAAGCUCAGUGUCACAGACGCAGAAAGAGAGAAAAUCAGCCGGCAAAUCGACAGACUCUUUCAUAACGGAGUUGAGGUGUACAAAGGUUACGUUGAUGAUCCCAGAAACACAGACAACGCUUGGAUGGAAACAGUGGCCGUCAAUUUCCACGACGACACCGGAGAAAUAUUCAGUGAAUUCAAGCUACAAGCCGGAGACGACGCGGCCGCAGUGCGGUGGCAGAGGGUCAGUGGCAAUAUUCCUCUUUUUGCAAGUCACGUGUCUAUACUGGAAAAAGUCGCCAAAAUUAGAAACGCAGCAUUUUAAAAUCAAACACCAAAGGGAAAAAAUGGAAUAUUUUCAAGAGGGGGUUUCCUUUCACAGUGUGGGUGAAAGAGGUUAUUUAUUUUUCACGUCAUGUGAAUAGUAUUUGAACCUGUAUAGUAUUGAUGGUAGUUUCAUACUGCUUAGAAGACAUUUCUAAAUCUUUUUAGAUGUAAAGCAGUGUAGUUCGUGAUCAAAGAUAAACCGUCCUUGUUACAAAGCUUGUCAGGACACGAAGCUGAUUGUAUUUAUUUUUUUUUAAUUGAAAGGUGGUUAAUUUGCAAUACUCUUUUGUUUUUUCACGAAUUUCAAUAAUUGUAGGUUGUUAUUUUUGUAUGAAAUAGAUUCACCAAGGAGUGUUGUUGGAUAAAUUAUGAAAUUUUUCUUUCCAACAAAGUUUAUAUUUGAAUCAUUAACACACAUUAAUUUUUUAUUUAUUUAUUUCUGAGUCUUUUAUUCUUCUUUCUUUUAACCAACGUUACUCACUACUCAAGAGAUAACUUUUCUCAAAACAUACGUGUCUCUAGAACAGAAGGGGGCACAAGUGGUGUGGAGGGGCAGAAAAUCCUCCCUACUCAGCCCUCCCUUGGAUCUGUCACUGUUAAACUUCUCACUAAUUGUUAACAUUUUGUAAAUAGAAUUUCCAACAAAAGUGAACUGAAUAAAAACUCAGCUUUAGUCUU